UACAUGUUCCAGUGGCCUCUGCGGCCCAUCUAAACUGCUAUGUGGUUGUGUGUGGAGUUAGACCCCCUUUGCGCUGAUAGUGAUGAUGUUAGGGGUUGUGGUUCAGGGGCUAGUAGAGACAAACCAUUACGAGAGAGAGAGAAAAAGAGAGGGCUUCAGCUUCAUCACACUGCCUGGAAGCUAGCUGCAAGGAAGUCAGAGAGGGAACGAAGACGCAAUCCUUACCGCCCGCCCCCCCCCCCAGCCAUGGAUCCUUAUGACCAUCAUCACCACUACUGACAGGAGAGAUUAGAAGAACAGUUAGGCUGCAGAAAUCACAGAGCCCAGCUGCAAACAACACCCCCAUCCUCCAACUCAGUGAACACAUUGCACAUUUGGCUUUGUUACUGAAACACUGCUGAAGGUUUGGGAGUCCUCGGCAAUGCCAGCAUUUAUUGACCAUCUCCAAUCACCUUUGGACUGAGUUUUUCACUUGAACAUUUCAGAGGGCCGUUAAGAGCUAACCACAUUGCUGUGGGUCUGGGCCAUACCAGGAAAGUGGUGGACAACUGGAGGCAGCAGGGGCUAACCAGAGGGCCACGCAGAUGGCCAGUCCCUGAUGAAUCCAGCGACAGCUCUGAGCCGCCCAUCCAGCAGCGUGACUGUGAUAAAACAUGGAGCAGCAUUGGGCAGUUUGCUGCCGUCUGUGAAAUGGGAGAUUCUGCAAGUUAGACUGUGUGAAGCAAAACUCACCAUUGUGGCUGAUCCAGUACACACUCCCAGCUGUUGAAGUAAAAGCCAGAUCAUCUUCAAAUUUUGAAAAUGACUUCAGUAGAGUGAAGCAAAUAAAAUCAGUCGAUGGACAACAGGAUAUUAGUGAGAUAGAUGUAGAAGAAGGUUUUAUCGGUGAGGUAUCAGAUGGAAAACCAGAGCCAGGAAGGAGGAGCGUGCCAGAAAAUAAUCCUGCUGCAGGAAAUCCGAGACAAGGCUCGACCCAUUAGAUCUGAUUGGAAUUGGUUCUUGUUCUACCAUAGCUCUGUUUGAGGACUGUUGCCAUGGGAAUGGAGUGUAUUUGGAAGGGAGCUCAUACUGCUUUUCAAAUGGAGUGAAACGCACUGUCUGCCUGAAUAACUGGCCAAACAGCAAAACCCGGAGAAGAAAAGCUGGCACGGUUUAGAAAGCAGAUCACACUCAUCUAAUUAGGUCUGCUGCACGUGGAUGGGAGAAAUGUUUUUCAGUCUUGAUGUAAUCUUUUGUCCGACACAGGAUUAAGUGAGCUGAAUGGCAGUAAAGAAUAUACAGAGGACUCGUGAGCAGACUGUGGUCUCAUCUGUUCAUCUUGAUUUACUUCUUUCUUUUUGAGCGCAGUAUCAAUAGUCACCUUGGCAACAGCUGUCUCGCCAACAUACCUCUUCGGGAAAAUUAGAGACAUGCAAGAGAUGCGAUAAAUUUCUGAAGCAGCGUCCUGGGCUCCAACUAAUAGGAGGCAAGAGUUUUCAAGAGAUUUGGUUCACAGCGUGAGAGCAAAUCAAACAGCAGUUUAGCCGAAUUAUUCGAACAUUGUUAUCCCAGAGACAUCAAAGUGUUUGCUUAAUCUCGGAGGGCUGAGGAACUUAGAGCGUGAGCUGGCAGCUGGUUUGAGGAGUCUGAUUCUGUCGAGCUCGUUCCAAAGGAAGGUGGAGCUUUUUAACAGUCGCUAUCUUCGACGAGUGGAGACACAGCGGAAUCUUCAAGCGUGUUUGCAAAGAAGAGGAGAGAAGCCAUGAAAAGCAGAGCAGAAGCUGAAUGUCUUGACUGAAAAAGAAAUUACCAGCAAGCAGUUUCAGUUGAGAAUGUUUAACUGCUGCAUGCCAGGGUUUAAUGAAACAGCUGAGGCUUUCUCUGAAGAUCUCCAAUUAAAGCAAAAAGCAAGCUUCCGUUAAAUGAGACAGAGCAGUACAUUUUUUAUUUGGCAUUCUUCCACUUUUGACCUCUGCCUUCGCUGUUGAAGCCACUCAACGACACAUGAGAAUCAGCAAUAAAAACUUCUUGUCAUAACAAGAAAUCCAAGCCCAAAGUGCUUCAUAUUGACAAUGAAGUGCUCGCUGCGGGUAUUUCUCCUCUCCCUUGUGCUACUUGUGGUGUUUCUGACUUCACUGUUUUUCACCGAUACUCUGACAGGGAUGACCAACAUGGCCUACCUGGAGACCCAAGGCAGGGAGAAAUCCCAUCGGGUCAAGUUGGUGCCCAGUUACCUGGGUGUGCAAAAGUUGAACAAGGACCUUGUGGAUCAGAAGACGUGUGCUUGUGACCGUUGUGUGGGUGAUCUUGGCCUGUCGCAGUGGUUUGAUGAGCACUUCAAUCAGGACAUUCUACCACUUUGGACAAAAGCGAACAUGGAGUUGGACCCUGAUGUAUACAACUGGUGGGUGAUGCUGCAGCCACAAUUCAAACCGCAUGACCUGAAGGACGUUUUGUCGAAACUCUUCCUCACUGUGCCCGGAGAGAAUCCCUACACCUCGUGGAACCGUUCUCGCUGUCGGCGCUGUGCGGUGGUGGGGAAUUCUGGAAACCUCCAUCAUUCUCACUAUGGAGCAGACAUCAACUCACAUGAUUUCAUCAUGAGAAUGAACCAAGCUCCAACUAUUGGCUUCGAAGCAGACGUGGGCAGCCGCACGACGCACCACUUCAUGUACCCGGAGAGUGCGAAAAACCUUGCAGCAAAUGUCAGCUUUGUUUUGGUUCCCUUUAAAACUUUGGACCUCCUGUGGAUCACCAGCGCCCUCUCAAUGGGGGAAAUCAGAUUUACCUACGCGCCUGUCAAACAGUUUCUACGGGUGGAUAAAGAUAAGGUACAAAUCUACAACCCAGCAUUCUUCAAGUACAUCCAUGACAAGUGGACAGAGCAUCAUGGGAGAUAUCCGUCCACAGGAAUGCUGGUCCUGUUUUUUGCUCUCCAUAUCUGUGACGAGGUGAAUGUGUUUGGAUUUGGUGCUGAUAGCAGAGGGAAUUGGCAUCACUACUGGGAGAACAACAGAUAUGCUGGAGAAUUCCGAAAGACUGGAGUGCAUGAUGCAGAUUUUGAAGCAAAAAUAAUAAAUUUACUAGCUGAAGCAGGAAAAAUCAAAGUUUUCCGAGGAAACUGAAGAAAAAGCCCUAAUUACGCAGUUGAAUUUUUUUAAUAGCGGGGUGGUGUGGACUUUACAACAACUUGCUGUUUCUCCUCACCAAGCGAAGAAAUGACACAAUUACCCCUUAAGUACAUACUGAACAUUUUUUUAAAAAUCAAAAUCACGGAGAACUCUGGAAUAGAGAAGACGGAACAACUGCUAAUUUAGUAUUACCUUCAAACGUUCACCAAAUCAUUUCAUUGGAUCAUUUCAAGAUGGCUGACCAGCACCAUGGUGGCUGAUGAGUAGCUAGCUCGAUGUACUGUGGGCUAUCAGAGAAUUUAGAUGUUUGCAAGGACGAUUUUAAUAUUUGAAUUGUGGAGUUGUCAGGAAUGUAUGCAAUCACAAUAUUGCCUGUGUAUAGUGAUGAUGGGGUCCGGGGAUAAAGGGAUAUGCAUGUUUUGAGGAGAGUGCUGUCUUUAGGUUAACCCGCUGUUGGAUUAGUUUCACCAGCAAGUUACCGAAACCACUUUUUCCUUUCAGACUGUAGAAAUGCAUCUUGUCACUUGGAGACGAGAUCAGUGUGCGACAGAACACAACCAGAAGCAAACCAGUGUGCUCGGCUGCUAUCAGUUGUAAAUUAACCGAAGCACAGCCUCCAUCAUCGCACAGCAGCUGAGAGCAUUUCCUUGCAUCCUGCAUUUGAGUCUCCUUUGCAAAGGAAAUGUGUGAUACCAGAUUCACUGCUUGGAGUUAAUGGGAAUGCCAAAUGUCUGGUGUCCAACAGGGGGUAGACAUUUAGAAGACAGGGCUGCAGAGAGAGGGAGUGUGAGUCCAUUUUAACAUUGUGUCCCCAGAAUCCCUUAACCAUAAUGAUGCCAUCUUGGCCAUUAUCUAAUAGAAUUUUAUUUUACGUUUACUUUACUGUGACUUUGGGUUUUAGUUAAAUUUGAGGCAUGAUUUCUGCCUUCGCGGCACCCACAGCACAACAAAAGAUAUGAGCUCAGUGACACAAGCCUCGCAGAAGUAAUUGGAGGUUGAUACAAAGAGUCCUGGCUGUAGACAGAUCUCAAGGAGUGCAGAGCUGAUUGGCGUCUUAAGGAGAAACACAAAGCACAGGCCCCCUUUGUCAAGUGACUGAGGCCCUCAAGCCUUUUGAGCGGAACGAGUCCACCUUCCCAUACUGUUGUACCUGAUUGGGUGCUUCCGAUAGUGAUACUAUGAGCAAAGUGGGACAUGAGGGCUGGGCAUGCACCUGUCUCGAUAAUGGGCUGGCUUAUGUCAACCGCAGGCACCAGCUUGGAAAUUCACAAUCAGAAAGUCCUGGGGCUACCCAAAUGGGGCAAAGAUCCAAAGUACUGACCGCCCCCCCACUGCCAAUCCCUUGCUCCCCUUUGCCCGGGUUCGUAUGACUGCAGAGGGCAGAAGCUCUGUGCACAAAUAAAGACAACAUUAUCUCUCACCGAAAUAUUAAACCACUUGAACUUUCUAAUCAGACGUACAAAGAACAGGUAGCACAACACCAUCUCCAAAGCACAAGGAACACAGUAUUAUAGCUGUCAUGUAGUCUUCCUGUCUGUCUUAAAGAAUGAAGGAAAUGUUAGGAACUACUGUAGAAUUUCUAUUUGUUUUCUCCAUUGAAUAAUAAAACACAAAACCCAUUCUUCCUCAAAUGCUGAUUUGAAGAAGUAACGGCAGAGAACAAAAAA